CGAAUUCUCAAAACCCUAGACCAGACCAGAUCCCACCCCCGCUUCCCUCGCCCACCUCUGGCCUCCCCGUCGCAGCAUUUCGCCAACGAGGGGAGCGAGUGGCCAUGGCCUCGUCCGCUGCUGCCUCCUCCUCGGCUUCCGCCCUCGUCCGCCUUCCGGGUCCCGCCCACCUCCGCGCACCGCCACGAAGCUGGUGGCGGGACCACAGGCGGCCCCGCCGCACGACCGCCCGGUGCUCGUUCGCGCCGGUGGAGACGGCGAGGAUAAAGGUGGUGGGCGUCGGCGGCGGCGGCAACAACGCCGUCAACCGCAUGAUCGGCAGCGGCCUCCAGGGUAUUGAAUUUUAUGCUAUAAACACAGAUUCCCAAGCCCUUAUUACUUCACAAGCACAAUAUCCUCUGCAAAUUGGAGAGCAGUUGACUCGUGGACUAGGUACUGGUGGAAAUCCAAAUUUGGGAGAGCAGGCUGCUGAGGAAUCAAGAGAAGCCAUAGCCACUGCCCUGAGGGAUUCAGAUCUUGUGUUUAUAACAGCUGGAAUGGGUGGGGGUACUGGAUCUGGUGCUGCUCCAGUUGUUGCCCAGAUAUCAAAGGAAGCUGGUUAUCUUACUGUUGGUGUUGUCACCUAUCCAUUCAGCUUUGAAGGCCGUAAGCGCUCUCUACAGGCCCUGGAAGCACUAGAGAAGCUAGAAAAGAGUGUAGACACACUUAUUGUGAUUCCAAAUGAUAAGUUGUUAGAUGUUGCCGAUGAAAACAUGCCCUUGCAAGAUGCGUUCCUUCUUGCAGAUGAUGUCCUUCGUCAGGGUGUGCAAGGAAUAUCAGACAUCAUCACGAUACCUGGACUGGUAAAUGUUGAUUUUGCUGAUGUGAAAGCUGUCAUGAAAAACUCUGGAACUGCCAUGCUUGGUGUCGGUGUUUCUUCCAGCAAAAAUCGGGCCCAAGAAGCUGCUGAGCAGGCAACACUGGCUCCUUUGAUUGGAUCAUCCAUUGAGGCAGCUACUGGCGUUGUGUAUAAUAUCACUGGCGGGAAGGACAUCACUUUGCAAGAAGUGAACAAAGUAUCCCAGAUUGUGACAAGCCUUGCUGAUCCUUCAGCAAACAUAAUUUUUGGCGCCGUUGUUGAUGACCGCUACACUGGUGAGAUACACGUGACGAUCAUUGCAACAGGAUUUCCUCAAUCCUUCCAGAAAUCCCUUUUGGCUGAUCCAAAGGGAGCACGGUUGGUGGAAGCCAAAGAGAAAGCAUCAAGCCUUGCCCAUAGAGGAGCAGCAGCUUCGGUUCAACCAGCGCCUGCCUCCGCUUGGUCCCGAAGACUGUUCUCCUGAGCACAGUUCGUUAGGCAAACUUCCUUGUGGAGCUGUGACUUGUAGGGCAUUAGAGGGUUGGCACUUGGCGUGCCAUGGCAGCCCCGAAGGUGUUCUUUAGCUAUCUGGAGAUUUAUAGGUUGGUUUAGUGUUGGAUAGUGGUAGGUUCAAUUUCACUGUAUGUAUCGUUUGUUUUGUUUGACUUUGAGGUUCAGCACAGUGAGGUGGAGUGAAAUUCUCAGCGUUGAACUAGUUCUGCUGAAGGUCCUGAGCACUUUUAGUGCAACAAAGCCAACAACUUUGUGUUGGAUUCUUGAACCGAA